GGAUGGCAGCUAACUGUCAAAUAGAAUAAAAGAAUAGAAUCACAGAUUUAGGAUAGGAAGAUUUUGGAUUAAUACAUUUUUAAACUUUAUAGCAUUUUAAUCAGUAAAAUGGCCAAGAAAACAUACGAUUUGCUCUUUAAACUUCUACUAAUCGGUGACUCUGGUGUUGGAAAAACUUGUAUAUUGUUUAGAUUUUCCGACAAUCAUUUUACCACCACAUUUAUAUCCACAAUCGGCAUAGACUUUAAAAUUAAGACAGUGGAACUACGUGGUAAAAAAAUAAAGCUUCAAAUUUGGGACACUGCAGGACAGGAGCGCUUCCAUACAAUCACAACUUCCUACUACCGAGGGGCUAUGGGGAUAAUGCUUGUCUAUGAUAUAACUAAUGAGAAAACAUUUGAUGAUAUUGUCAAGUGGUUAAGAAAUAUAGAUGAGCAUGCAAAUGAAGAUGUGGAGAAGAUGAUCCUCGGUAACAAAUGUGACAUGGAGGAGAAGCGCGUCGUCAGCAAGGAGCGUGGAGAGGCUAUAGCGCGCGAGCACGGCAUCCGGUUCAUGGAGACGUCGGCCAAGUCCAACAUCAACAUCGAGCGCGCCUUCUCCGAGCUGGCAGAGGCCAUCCUGGACAAGACGGCGGGCCGCGAGGCCGACGCCGACGCGGCGCGCAUCGCCGUCGAGCGCCGCCCCUCUCGCGCCCCGCCCGCCCGUGCCUGCUGCUCCUAAC